UCGCGCAGGUUGCUGUGGCCGGCAAGAGUUGGAAGGGAUUCCCCCCACACCCCCCUUUCUUUUUUUCCCUCCUCCUCCUCCUCCUCGUUGCACAUCUGAGGGCGGCAGCGGGGCUGGCUCCCCCCUCCCGGAGGUCGCCUUUGUUUUGCCCGUGUCGCUUCUCCCGAGCGGCCGAGGGGGCGGGAGGGGGCCGGGGCUGGGCUGUGCCGGGCUGGGCUGUGCCGGGCUGGGCUGGGCUGUGCCGGGCUGGGCUGUGCCGUGCCGGACCGGCCGCCCCUUCUCCCUGCCGGCAGCCGGAGCUCGCCGAGUUGGUGCCGUGCCCCCGGCCGGGGCUGAGCAGCCGCCGCUGCCCGGGACCCCCAUGGCACCGCCGCGAUGUUCGUGUCCCGGCUCCUGGAUUUCCAGAAGACGCGCUACGCCAGGUUCAUGAAUCACCGUGUCCCGUCCAACUGCAGGUACCAGCCCACGGAAUAUGAGCACGCAGCCAACACUGCCACCCACGCUCUCUGGAUCCUGCCCAGCAUCCUUGGCAGCUCCAUCCUCUACAUCCUCUCUGAUGACCAGUGGGAAACCAUCUCAGCCUGGAUCUAUGGCUUUGGCUUGUCCAGCCUCUUCAUUGUCUCCACCAUCUUCCACACCAUCUCCUGGAAGAAGAGGCAUCUCAGGACUGUGGAGCACUGCCUGCACAUGUUUGACAGGAUGGUGAUUUACUUCUUCAUCGCUGCCUCCUACGCUCCCUGGUUGAACCUGCGGGAGUUGGGUCCCUGGGCGUCCCACAUGCGCUGGAUCAUCUGGAUCAUGGCGUCCAUCGGCACCGUCUAUGUUUUCUUCUUCCACGAGCGGUACAAGCUGGUGGAGCUGGUGUGCUACGUUAUCAUGGGCUUCUUCCCCGCCUUGGUCAUCCUCUCCAUGCCCAACAGGGAUGGCCUCCUGGAGCUGGUGGCUGGUGGCUUCUUCUACUGCCUGGGCAUGGUGUUCUUCAAGAGCGACGGGCGCAUCCCCUUCGCCCACGCCAUCUGGCACCUCUUCGUGGCCAUGGGAGCUGGCACCCACUACUAUGCCAUCUGGAGGUACCUGUACCAGCCUGGGGCACUGGACACCAAAACCUCCCCUCGGUAGAAGCCUUAGAGACGUUGUUUGUGCCACCUGGCAUGUGGGGACACAGAGGGCACUGGUGACACAGCGGGCUCGCCCCAAACCACCCCCUCGCCCCAUGGACAGCAGCUGUUGGUGCCCUUCCUGCACAGACAGGAGAGCCUGGAGGUUGAUUUUAAAUGUUCUUUCUUUUUUAAGCUUGGGAACUGUUUAUUUUUUUAGGCAAAGGUUUCAGAACACAGUGAGUGACUGGGCUGUGGGUGGUAGGAGUGACCACUCACUGGAGCUUUGCUCACUCACCUGAUCUUGAGCAUCCCACGGGGCUGGGAACCUUGGCCUCACAUGCACAGUUAUGACACCCUGGGUUUGGCUCCUGGAGUCCCUAGAUGUGCCACUGAGGGGACUGGAGGAGUCAGGGUGAGGGGAGAGCCCCAAUGGUGGAGAGGGAUGUGGUGACACCCCUGCACCACCUGGUCUGGCUCCUAAAUCAUCCUGAGUCCUGCCAGCAUCAACAGCUCCAUCCCAAGCCCUUGAGGGGAUGGUCCAUACUCAACAAGCCUUACAAGAGAUUGAAAUUUGAAUCUCUUCCAGGGCAUCCCAGUCCCUGAGCACUGGGAAAGCCUUUCUCUAAGCCAAUAUGAAGUGCACAACUCAUCCAUACACCCCUGGGAUCCCCUGCGGACAUUUUCUCCCUGGAGUGCUCGGUUUUCCUCUCCAGCCUGGUGCCAGUGGCAGCCUGAAGCACAGCCCAGCUCCCAGGCCCUGCUGCACGUGUGCCUUCAGCAGGGAGCAGAGCUGGGAUCCAGCUCCUGGCACCUCCCUGGCUGGGGUCAGCCCAGGAGAGUCCCUUUCUCCCGGAGGGAGGGAAGAGAUCCUCCCUGGACUGGGAUCACGGGGCUACCUGCCUUCUCUGCUCCCAUUUGCUGAUGAAACUAUUGCUCAUCAGAUUUAAUUCCACUUUUGGAAAGAUUCCUGGCAUUCCCAGGAUUGCUGCAGGGCAGGAAUGCAUCCACACGAAGCCUGGGUGUGAGCUGUGAUGGAGAGAUCCCAGUGAUGCUCAGUUUUCAGAUGCCUAACCAUGGAACAUCCAUCCAGCUGCUGGGAGCAGCAGAAUGGCUAAACCACACCAGAUCCUGCUCCCCAAACACCCUGGCAGAGCUGCUGGAGCCAGGAGGGUGUGGUGGUGUGUGCUGGGCUGAGCCUGCACCUUCCCCACCAGCCCCAAAGGAAUCAAUUGCCCAUCUCCUCUUUUUGGCCUUUGAUUAAUCACAGCUGCAGCCUCUGGCACCAUGUGGCAAGUGAAGGAGAUUUGUGGCCAGCAUCCCACAUCUCCUGUCUCUCCAGCAGCAUUGCAGGGAGCUGAGCAGAGCUGAGGGCCCCCAGCCUCUGGCACCCCAGGCCUGGCUCCCCAGGGCUGUGCCACUGUGCAGCACAUCACCAAAGAGGAAACAUCUGGAUACUCACCCCCUGCUGACCAGGCUGGCAAAAAUAUCUGCUGGGCUUUCACUUCCACAGGCAGGAGGUUCCUGUAAAAGGCUCUGGGAGCUGCUGUCCCUGGCACCCCAGCCUGGUUUGGGGCUGCUGGGGCUCUGUGCCCAAAGCAGCCUUUGGGCUGGGGCUGCCCUGGGGUGAUGGGGUGAAGGAGCUGGAGUGAGCCCAGACUCUGCUGCUGCUCUGCCCAGCCCUGGCCCUGCCACCUGCUGCAGGUGGAGAAGGAUGAGCUGUGAGCAACCAGCAGCUGAUGGAGCACACCCAGGGUUGGAACAGCAGGAUGCAGAGCUCCCAGAAUGGGAGAUGCCAUAUUUCCUGUCUGGCUAGUCAUUACCCUUCUCUGUGCCUCAGUUUCCCCAUCUGUAAAAUGGGGGUGCAGACCCUGACCUACCUCACAGGGCUCGUGUGAGGAUCCCGUGAAGCACCUGGAGGGCAGCCAGAGCUGCACAAACUCCUGCUUCAAUAUUCCCUGGCUCUGGGGGAGCAGGUCCCCAGAGCCACCCCAGGGCACAGUGACAACUCCAGCUCUGCUCCCCCUGUGUCCCCAAACACCAUGGGGAGCCACACUGGGGUCAGAGCAGGCAAACAGCACUGCCAGCCCCAGGCCAAUGUCCCUGGCAGGGCUGAGGAUGCCCAGGGAUAUCACCCUGGGCUUCACCCCAAGGGAUUUAUCUCAGAAACUCUUUUGCCAUUUGUGGUCUUUGGGCCCUCAAUCUGUCCCAAGGGCUCCUGAGGCACAGGGAGGUGCCAGAGGACCUUUCUGGGGCUGCUCCAUCUCAGUCUCCUGCUGAAAAUCCAGGGCAGGACUCCUGGGCAGGAAUGGAUGUCCAGGCUCUGUUGGACACCCUGCUUUCAGCCUGGAUUUGCAGAGUGAGCUUCUCUGUAAGUGAGAGGCUCCCCCUCUCCUCUUGCUCCUAAAUCCUCCCCUUGCAAAGCAUGGGGGGCACAGAGCAAGUGAUUGGAUUGUCCUCCUGUUUUAUACUAAUUUUAAAUGACUUGUAACAUUCAGGAUGUUUCUGGAGGAGGGCUCGAGGGAUCUUUUUAGCAUCUCAUGUUUUUCACCAUCCAUCCUUGUUCAAUCGGUAUUUUAUAUUUAACACAGUAUUGGGUCAAAUACAAAUGUAAGGAAGAUAACUCUAGUGGAUGUUGUUUCCUGUGGAGUAGGAUCGAAAUAAAAACUCAAGAUACCUCA